AUGGCCAAAACAGGAGAGCGAGAAGUGGAAUGGGACAUCACCCUCAGGAGAUGUCCUCACCACUUCUUCCCUCUCCAGGUCUCUGCCUCGUCCGACCCCCGUUCGGCCAGGGGUGAGGAGCUGCCGCCAUCAGGCAAGGCGCGGGGGCUGAGGCGCAGUGGGCAGGCUGGCCCGCGGCGGCACAGGCGCCGUGGGGUGGCUCAGCAGGCUGCCAGGAGCCCAGCGGUGCCCCAGCCCAGCAGCGCUGGCCGGGAGGAGAGCCUGCCCUUCGUGCUGGACCUGCAGAGCUUGCCAGGGCUGGCCAACGUGGACCUGAGCGCUCAGAACCCCAACAUCCAGGUGACCAUCGAAGUGGUGGAUGACCCUCAGGCUGAGAUGGAGAUGGACUUGUUGAAGGAGACAAGCAAUGACUGGUCCCUGACAUCCUCUGAGUGGUUGUCCCACAAGGACCUCUUCUGGCCCCUCUUCUGGGAAUACACCGACCAUGCUGAGGAGGAGGAGGAGGAGGAGGAGGAAGAGGAAGACAAUCUGGAUGUAGGGGACAGGGAGGAGGAAGAGGAGGAUGAUGAGGAGGAAGAUUACACAGCAGAGUAUGAGGAGGAGUCAUCCAUGCUCAGUGGAGUGGGAAGUGACUGGGAUCAGCAGUGGCCUGGGCAGAAGAACUGGAUCUUUAAGGAAAAAUAUAAUUACGACUAUGAAGAUGAGGAGGAGUGGAGCCCAUGGUCCCCUUGCAGCAUCACCUGUGGCAGUGGCAACCAGAAGAGGACCCGGUCCUGUGGCUAUGCCUGCACAGCAACGGAGUCGAGGACCUGCGACCUGCCGCGCUGCCCUGGAGCAGAGGGGGAAAUGGUCUUCCCCACAGAGGAGACGCCUUUCAAAAGUGACAACACCACAGAGCUGUUCAACUCAGAGGUGGACAGCUGUGAGAAGUGGCUGAACUGCAAGAGCGACUUCCUCACCAAGUACCUGAGCAAGGUGCUGACGGACCUGCCCAGCUGCCCCUGCUCCUACCCGCUGGAGGCUGUCUACAGUGCUGUCAACCUGCGGGAUGAGCGGCAGGGCAAGAGCUUCCGAUGGCGGGACGCUAGUGGCCCCAAGGAGCGCCUGGGCAUCUACAAGCCGACGGCACGCCUCUGCCUGCGCUCCAUCAGGGGUGACUGGAGCCGCUACCAUGCCGUCCGGCCCCCCAACAACGGGCGACGGUGUGUUGACAACCCCACUGAGGAGGAGUACCUCUCCCAGCUGCAGGAGGCCAAGGAGUACUAG